ACCGAUAAUGUCAUUUCACUGUGACCGCCGAGAGGAGCAGCGCAGCGCACCGUGCGCCACUGGGAUCAUGACUGGGAUGUGGUGACAGAGUGUGAAGCCAGAGCAGAGACCAGCCUCCCUCUCCUCUUCAAUGCAGACAGUAUCAGGGUUUCAACUAAUCGCAUCGCACAGCACUGGGUCCAGCUUUGCGGCACAGAAGUGCGCCCUCCCGGGACUUUGCACCUCAUGCCAAUGAGAGGCAGCGCGAUUCGCCUUUCUCACUUCAGGAAUAUUGAUUCUGGAUAUCCGUUUUACUGAGGCUGAUCGCUUUGGAGUAAAAAAGAGUGUCUGAUGAGCCUGGCGAGUGCAGCAGUGUCGGCGGCGAGCUUCCAGGGCGGGACACGCCAGAGAGACUUGAUGAUGGAGCACAAAGUCGGUAAGCUGACCUCUGGCUUUCAACGCAGCUCCACAUCCGAUGAUGACUCAGGCUGCGCACUGGAGGAGUACGCCUGGGUACCACCUGGACUUCGGCCGGAACAGGUACAGUUAUACUUCUCCUGUUUGCCGGAGGAUAAGAUCCCCUAUGUCAACAGUCCAGGGGAGAAGUUCAGAAUCAAGCAGCUCCUCUAUCAACUGCCACCACAUGAUAAUGAGGUGCGUUAUUGCCAUUCCCUCAGUGAGGAGGAGAAGAAGGAGCUAUAUAUGUUCAGCAUCCAGAGGAAGAAGGAAGCUCUGGGCAGGGGCACAAUAAAACUGCUGCCCCACAAUCUCCUGAACAGCAUUUGUGAACAUUGUGGUGAAAACAUGAACCGUGGGGAAAUGGCAGUGUUCACCUCAAGGGCAGGACCCACGCUUUGCUGGCAUCCUGCAUGCUUUGCCUGCUCCACAUGUAGAGAACAGCUCGUGGAUUUGAUCUACUUCUAUCACGAUGGAAAGAUCCACUGUGGAAGGCACCACGCUGAGCUACUCAAACCACGCUGCUCAGCCUGCGAUGAGAUUAUAUUUGCUGAUGAGUGCACAGAGGCAGAGGGGCGCCACUGGCACAUGAAGCACUUUGCCUGUUUUGAGUGUGAGACAAUUCUGGGGGGUCAGCGAUACAUCAUGAGGGAUGGCAGGCCAUACUGCUGUGGCUGCUUUGAGUCACUCUAUGCAGAGUACUGUGAGGCUUGUGGGGACCACAUUGGUGUCGAUCAUGCUCAAAUGACCCAUGAUGGGCUCCACUGGCAUGCAACUGAGGGCUGCUUUAGCUGUGCUUACUGUAAGAGCUCUCUUCUAGGUUGCCCCUUCCUGCCACACCAGGGCCGUAUUUACUGCUCCAAGGCCUGCAGUCUUGGGGAAGAUGUGCACGCCUCAGACUCUUCCGACUCAGCCUUCCAGUCUGCACGCUCACGCGAAUCCCGGCGCAGCGUGCGCAUGGGCAAGAGCAGCCGCUCAGCUGAUCAGUGCAGACAGUCACUCCUCUUUUCACCUUCUGUUAACUAUAAGUUUCCUGGCUUCAGUGAAAGCACCUUGACCAAUAAGCUAGCUCACCUGAACUUGUACGAUGAGCAUUUCUGGAGAGGACGUGGUGAAGAGACUGAGGCGCCUGAGGACCAAGAGGAGGAGUGGGCUGAGCAUGAAGACUACAUGACUCAACUGCUGUUAAAGUUUGGAGAGCAUGGGGUCUUCCAACAUGCCAAUGACUCCAGACCAACAGAUUUCUGGACUGCAGAAAAGGAUGCAAAGUUGAAGCAGGAAUCAACUAAAACCAGUGGUGCCAGUGGAGAGGGAAGGGGGAGCCUUGCCAAUAAGAAAUACCAGGCUGAUAUGUACUGGGCUCAGUCACAGGAUGGGCUUGGAGAUUCAGCCUAUGGUAGUCACCCAGGCCCAGCGAGUAGUAGAAAGAUCCAGGAGUUGGAGCUAGAUAACAGAGCUGGAAGUGGGGUCCAGGGAGAGGAGACACAAUGGUAUAAUGAUUCUAUGGAGUGUAUCACAGACGAGUUCAAGAAAACAGGUCAGAGUGUUCGAGACUCUAUGGACUCACUGGCUCUUUCCAAUAUUACUGGGGCCUCAGUAGAUGGUGAUAGUAAAGAUAGACCUUUGGUAUAUUCUCUGCAAGGCUUCCAUGAGCUGGAGACAGAAGACUGUGACAAAACCAGUAACAUGGGCACCCUCAAUUCCUCCAUGUUACACAGAAGUGCAAAUUCCCUGAAGAGCCUUGUAUCAGAACAAGAUGAGGUGGAAGAAAUUGUUCCAGAAGGUGUGGUUGCUCUGCCAGUGAACAGUCCAAAACCUCACGUCCCUGCUCUGAGGAGGACACGCUCCCAGUCUAGGCCUCAGCAAGUCAAAUUCUCUGAUGACGUGGUGGACAAUGGCCAUUACUGUGAAGUCCCAGUUCGUCAGCCCCCCAUGAGCGAACGGACUCGGCGGAGAGUUUACCACUUUGAGGAACAAGGUCAGGACCCUCAGACUGGUCGCCACCAUCACCACCACAGGAGGCGUCGCAGUCGCAAGUCUCGGUCUGACAAUGCUCUUAACCUCCUGCCAAAGGAGAGAACACAAAUGUGCUACAAAGUGGACCACAGAGGCAAUUCCAAGGGGCAUCAAGCCAUCCAUGGUCAACCCAGUUCUCCUGCUUUGCCAGGCUGUGGGCUACAAGGCCCAGCCAUGGGGAGGUUUUUGGGGCUUUAUGGGGAUGAUGAUGAUGACUGGUGUUCUACAUGCUCUUCUUCUUCCUCUGAUUCUGAGGAGGAGGGCUUUUUCCUUGGUCAGCCCAUCCCUCAGGCCAGGCCCCAUAGACACUACUACACAGAGGACUUGCCCAGCCCUGUAGUAGCCAUGUCCUCUUCACCCUAUGGCCAACGGACUAAGUCCAAAAAGAAGAAAGGGCACAAGGGGAAAAACUGUAUAAUUUCAUAGAUUUUCAUUUCUUUUUUAUGCUCAGCUUUGGGUGAUGUGCUGCCAUACAGCCACCACUGUUAAAAAUCUAACAAGUGCUUGAUAUGAAAUGCUUCACAUUUCACAGUGUGCCAUGGUGGUUGUGUAAGACAUAAGUCCUACAAUUUGUUAUCAUAGGUGCCUGCUUCUGUAGCAUUAGAACCAUUAUAAAAAGGUAUUUCCAAGUCAUGUGUAUUUAUAAAACAUCAUCUGAACCAUGUUUGACAGUGCAGAUAUUUAUGUAUAUAUUGUAGAAUAAACAAAUUAAUAAAAUGGCUAUUUUUUAUUUUUA